AGCAGCAGCAGUAGCAGCAGCAGCAGCAGCAGCAGCAGCAGUAGUAGUAGUAGUAGUAGUAGUAGUAGUAGUAGUAGUAGUAGUAGUAGUAGUAGUAGUAGUAGUAGUAGUAGUAGUAAUAGUAGUAGUAGUAGUAGUAAGUAAUAAAGUAAGUAAUAAAUUGCUUUAUUUGCAUGACCGCAUCAUUUUACAGUACAGUAGUAGUAGUAGUACUAGUAGUAGUAGUACUAGUAGUAGUAGUAGUAGUAGUAGUAGUAGUAGUAGUAGUGGUGGUAGUAGUAGUAGUGGUGGUGGUAGUGGUAGUAGUGGUGGUAGUAGUGGUGGUGGUGUGGUAGUGGUAGUAGUAGUGGUAGUAGUAGUAGUAGUAGUAGUAGUGGUAGUAGUAGUGGUAGUAGUAGUAGUAGUAGUAGUAGUAACAGUGGUAGUAGCAGUGGUGGUGGUAGUAGUGGUUGUAGUAGUAGUAGUAGUAGUAGUAAUAGUAGUAGUAGUAGUAGUAGUAGUAGUAGUAGUAGUAGUA